GGAUAAUUUAUAAUUCUCCGAUCACCGAAUGCCGAUUCUUACACAAAACAACACCCAAUUUUUUUAUUUUUUAUUAAUGCGACCACCGGCAUGGUCAACACGAACAAACUAGGUAUAUACUCCGUACAUAUUGCGUUAAAUACUUAUAUUGCCCCCUGCACCCACCUUGAAGUUCGGGUGUUCGUAUAAAUUAUAGUUCCGUCCCAGAUCUCAGAUCUGGUGGCCGCCUAAGAAGUGCGUGUCUCACCUGAGCUCAGACAUAGAGACGAUUGAGGAACCACUGACAGUUAUGCGACAUCCAUUCAAAGUAUUCAUCUAUAACUAGUAGCAUCCAUUGACAGCAGUAAAAACCAUCGGUAAACCAUCUAGAAGCAUCAGGAACCCAACCGUUGCUAUUGUUGGCGGUUCUUAUCAACAAAAAAAAUACCUCAUCUCUAAGGUACCCCUCUUCUACGCUGACUAGGUUUCUUUUUUGGGCUGAAGGUGGGCCGAUCUGGGACAAAAGGUUGGUAAAUGUUCCGCUCCGAAAUGACAGUCCGGCACAACCGUUACCGUUGAAGUGAUUGCAGAUGCCCGUGGGUUGAAAGUGCCGAUAAUGAACGUAGCAAAUGAGACCACUUCCACCUUCGAGAAUCGGAUUAACCAGCUGGCACUAUGCGGUUAUGUGCAGGAGGGGAUUUGUGAGGGGAGUGAGUGCCAGGUUCGCCGGAGGUUGACUUCCGGGUGGACGCCGCACUCUGCCCACCCUUGGGUUUAGCAGCCGGGUUGUUUUGACUGCCGGGUGUCUCAAGUGCCGGGUGUCUUAGGUGCCGGGUGUCGUCUUAGGGGCCGGGUGUCUCAAGUGCCGGGAUUCCU